AAAGAACUCUGCAUUCUACCAGGUGUCUCUGCAGUCUGGGUACCACUUCUGUGUUGGCUCCCUGAUCUCCAGCACAUGGGUGGUGUCUGCUGCUCACUGCUACAAGUCGUGACUGAUGAAACUUUCUUCAAAAACAUUUAACAAAGCCCUCUACAGUAUGUUUGACAUAACUGUAUUUGUACAUCUGAUUAACCCUCCCCAGCCACAUUCAGGUGUGUCUAGGUGACCACACAACAUUGCCGUCAACGAGGGCACUGAGCAGUUCAACUCAGUGAAGGUCAUCAUGCACCCCAGUUACAACAGCCGCAACCUGGACAACGGCGUCAAGCUGAGCAAGCCUGCCUCCCUGAACAGCUACAUGUGCACCGUGGUCAUGCCCUGCAGUUGUGCCAGCUCUGGCACCCGCUGGCUGGGGCAUCAACAAUAUGCCCAUAAAUACUUUUGGUAUUUGUUGUUUAUCAAACUAAUGACAAAUUAUAUCACUGACCACUCAGAACCAAAGGGAGAAUGUUUGAUAUACUAGCCUUCUACCCCAACCCACUGUUCUGCCUGGAUCUCCCCAUCCUGAGCAGCAGCAGCUGCAACAGCACCUACCCUGGACAGAUCACCUCCAACAUGUUCUGCACUGGAUUCAUGGAGGGAGGCAAGGACUCUUGCCAGGGAGACUCCGGUGGCCCCGUGGUGGGCAGCUGCAGGGUGCUGUAUCCUGGGGUUACAGCUGUGACCCAGAGGAACAAGCCUGGUGUCUACACCUCCUGGAUCAGCAGCACCAUGUCUUCCAACUAAUUGAUUUAGACUGGAAGAGACAUAUUCUCUAAGACAGAAACCCAUGAUAACUGGUAUGAGAAAAUAAACGCUGUCUUUGACUAAUUAUUUUAAAGUGCAAUAUGUGCUUUUAGGAAGGUAUGAAACAGGUAUCUGGCUAGUGCUUAUUAUGUGUAACUUGUAAAGCAAGAGUUGCAGACAACAGCUAAAUCUUUUUAAUGCUGAUUGUGCACUGUCCUAUAUGUUUCCUCUCCAUGAUAAAAAUGCCCUGUUAGCUGGUAAGCCGUUUCCUGGAAACAUGAUGACAUGAGAAUGAACUUCUGUCAGUGGAAAUAUGAUGACUUGUGAACUAGCAACUACAAUAGACAUGAGUAGAACAUACUUUUGUUCAUCUCUUCAUAGGUUAAUUAAUGAAACUUACACAAAUGUAGUCUUUCAGCUGCCACUAUGGCCUAUUUAUUGCCUUACUUUCCUAAUCUUACUACAUUUGCACACACUGUAUAUAGACUUUUCUAUUGUGUUAUUGACUGUACGUUUGUUUAUCCCAUGUGUAACUGUUGUUUCUGUCGCACUGCUUUGCUUUAUCUUGGCCAGGUUGCAGUUGUAAAUGAGAACUUGUUCUCAACUAGCCUACCUGGUUGAAUAAAGUGCAGAAAACAUUUUAAAUGAAGUAGAAUAUUUUGACAAUAUGCAUACAAUUAACCUAAAUGUGUAGCUAUUCAGCUAAGACAGAUAAUGAAUAAAGGUUUGUGUUCGUU